AUGAAUGACGAUGACGUGGUCAGUGACCUAGAAUACAUCUACCAUAUUUGUAGCAUAAUUAAUAAUCCUGACAAAACAAAUCUUGAAAAUGUAAAUCAAACUCCUAUGGCAACCUCAAAUAUUGAUACAUUAAGCAAUAACUCCUUCAAACAAGAUGAAUUAGUACCAACAAUUCGUGGCUUUAAAAUAGCCAGCUUAAAUAUUACUAGUCUGCCGAAACAUAUAGACGAAUUAAGUGUCGCAAUGAGAAAUAAUGAUAUUGAUGUCCUUGCAAUCAUGAAAGCAGAAUGGACAACAGUAUAG